AUGGCACUGAAGAGGGUGCCUUUCCGCUCAGAGGUCCUAACCUGGGACCCGGACAGCCUGGCGGACUAUUUCAAGAAGCUGAACUACAGGGACUGUGAAAAGGCAGUGAGGAAGUUCCACAUCGAUGGGCCACGGUUUUUGAACCUGACAGAAAAUGAUAUCCAGAAGUUCCCUAAGCUCCGGGUGCCGAUUCUCAGCAAAUUAAGUCAAGAAAUCAACAAGAAUGAGGAGAGAAAGAGCAUUUUCACUCGCAAACCUCCAGUUCAGCGGUUUCAGGAAGAUACAGAGAGCCAUGAAGAAGACAAUGGGGGCUGGUCAUCUUUUGAGGAAGAUGACUAUGAAAGUCCCAAUGAAGACCAGGAUGGGGAGGAUGAUGGUGACUAUGAGUCCCCAAAUGAGGAAGAGGCAGUGCCAGUAGAAGAAGAUGCCGACUACGAGCCACCGCCCUCCAAUGAUGAGGAGGCAAUGCAGAACUCCAUACUGCCUCCCAAGCCCUUAUCUGACUCCAUGUACAUAGACCGUCCCCACUCUGGGACAGGCACACAGCAACCACCAGCACCCCCGCAAAGAAGCUUUGACACCAAGCCGCCCCCACCCGCUGCCAGGAAUCAUGUGCCCCCACCAUCCCAGUCCAGCCAUGGAGAACCUAGCAGAAACAAAAACCAUAGAACUCCAAAAUUACCGGCUCCUUCCAUAGACAGGAGCACCAAGCCUGCCCUGGACUGGUCACUGGCUCCAGCUGACAGAGAGCCCUUCCUGCCAGGGAUGAAACCAGCGUUUUCUAAUAAGCCCCCCACCCCGGAAAGGCCACUUGGGGAGAUUUUACCCAAGAUCCAAAAGCCUCCUCUACCACCAGCCACAGAAAGGCGUGAAAGCAGUCGCCCUUCGGUAGCGGCCAGACCUCCUGUGCCCAGGCAUGGAUGGGGACCCAACCGAAGAGAGAAUGAUGAAGAUGAUGCUCUUCAAAGACCUUUGCCCCAGCCAGCACUGGUCACAAAGACUGCCAACACCUUUCCUUCAAGAUACCCUAAACCGGCUUCCAAUUUCUCCCUCCCAGCAGCUCACACACCUGGAGGAUUCUCAGAAAGCCAUUCAUCUUUUCAGCAAAGCAACUCCUUGCCACCAUAUUUCUCUCAAGGCCCCAAUAGUAGACCGAGUCCAAGAGGGGGAAACAGGCCUCCAGUUUCCAGCAAGCCUCGGCCACCAUCCCCUAGGGAAGAGAAUUCUUUAAACCAACAGUGGUACGUUUCCUAUAUUACCAGACCGGAAGCAGAAGCUGCUCUUAGAAGGAUAAAUCAGGAUGGCACUUUUCUGGUGAGAGAUAGCUCUAACAAAACAAUAACAAACCCAUAUGUCCUCAUGGUAUUGUACAAAGGUAAAGUUUACAACAUCAAGAUUCGUUACCAGGAAGAAAAUCAAGUUUACUUGUUGGGAACUGGUCUCCGAGGAAAAGAGGACUUUCUGUCUGUGUCAGAUAUUAUCGACUACUUCAGGAAAAUGCCACUUCUGCUCAUUGAUGGGCAAAACCGAGAUUCCAGAAACCAAUGCACAUUAACACAUGCUGCUGGUUAUCCCUAGCAAGUUGGAGAAGCAGAGGAACUUCAUUAAAUUCUUUAAUAUAAACUUAAUGGUUUUGUUCAUUCACUCAGAAAAUGGUUUGAAAUGAA